AUGAAGGAGCCGGCGGGCGGCACGGGUGCCCCGGGGGGGGCCCCCUUUUGCAGCCGCCUGAACCACUCGUACCCGGGCGUGUGGGAGUCCGAGCUGGCCGCAUUGCAUGCGGGCAACCGCACGGGCCCGUGGGCCGCCGAGGAGUGCGGCUCCGUGUCGGUAGCCUACCCACUUGCCAUGAUGAUCACGGGCAUCGUGGGCAACGCGCUUGCCAUGCUGCUCGUGGCCCGCAGUUACCGUCGCAAGGAGAGCAAGCGCAAGAAAUCCUUCCUGCUCUGCAUCGGCGGCCUGGCUCUCACCGACCUGGUGGGUCAGCUGCUCACCAGCCCGGUGGUUAUCGCCGUCUACCUGUCCAAGCAGCCCUGGCAGCAGCUCGACCCGUCGGAGCGCCUGUGCUCCUUCUUCGGCCUCAGCAUGACCAUGUUCGGCCUCUGUCCCCUCUUCAUCGCCAGCGCCAUGGCCGUCGAGCGGGCACUGGCCAUCCGCGCGCCGCAUUGGUACGCCAGCCACAUGAAGACGCGAGCCACCCGGGCAGUGUUGCUGGCCGUCUGGCUGGCGGCGCUCGCCUUCGCACUGCUGCCCGUGGCCGGCGUGGGCCGCUACACCGUCCAGUGGCCGGGGACGUGGUGCUUCAUCAGCACCGGCGAGCGCGGCGCCAACCGGACGGGCUCGGCUCACAGCCGUGGCAACCUCUUCUUCGCCUCCACUUUCGCCUUCUUGGGGCUCACGGCGCUGGCGGUCACCUUCGUCUGCAACCUGGCCACCAUCAAGGCGCUGGUGUCUCGCUGCCGAGCCAAGGCCACGGCCGCCCAGGCGGGCGCCCAGUGGGGCAGGAUCACCACCGAGACGGUCAUCCAGCUCAUGGGAAUCAUGUGCGUCCUCUCCGCCUGCUGGUCCCCCUUGUUGAUCAUGAUGUUGAAAAUGAUCUUCAACCAGACCUCGGUGGAGCACUGCAAGAUGCCGAAACCCCUAACGCAAAGGCCGAAAGAAUGCGACUUCUUCCUGACCGCCGUGCGCCUGGCUUCCCUGAACCAGAUCUUGGACCCCUGGGUUUAUCUGCUGUUAAGAAAAAUCCUGCUGCGAAAGUUCUGCCAGGGAGAAGAGACCAGUUUGAGACAAGGCAAACACUGGGAAGUAGAGACAGAUACGCUGAAAACAAAUAUAGAUACACAUGGACGCAGACAGAUACAGAAGGAUGGCUACCUGGAGGAGGAAUCAACUUCAAAGGAUUUCCUUUGUGCUCAAGAGACAUGCAGACUAUGGAUUCCACAAAGGCACCUUGUAUUCCAGCUUCCAGCUCAACCCUCACAACAAACGUCUUGGGAAACCACACCUGAGGAAAAGAGGACAGCCCUCUCCACCAGCCAUACUCAGGACAGGCAAGCCAGCCUAGCUGAAACAGCCAGGCGCCCUGAGGGGGAGAUGGGAGGCAGGAAGUGCAAGGCAAGUCAGACACCCAUCACCACCUUGACACCAUCUCUUCAAACAUCCUGA